CGGAAGUACACAUUACUCUCAGCGACCCACGUUCAAAGUAGUGAUAUUGUCACACAGUAGUUGGUUUCUUGGUUCGGGGGGAUUUCGCAUGCUACCCGCAGUUUCGGAAAUGCACCAAAGUCAGCAGCUGGACUUAUUUCCUGGGUACUCUGUGACACAAUGCCUCUUCAAAGACGUGAGAAACGCCGCAGAGCUCAGGAAAAGUGCCGUCGGCGGGGAGAUCCAGGGCGCCUUGAUAAACCCCUCGAUGAUUGUCGAUCCUUUCCAGAUCGUAGUUGCUGCAAAUAAAGCUUUUCAUCUGCAGAAGGUUGGCAAAAUGAAGACGAGAAGUCUUUACUCUGAAGUCAUUUUCAAUCUUUCACCAACAAAUAAUAUAUCGGAAUCCUUCAAGAAGUUUGGGAUUGCUGACAACGACAACACUGUCCUCAUUGUUCUCAUUCAUUCUAAAGAAGAUGAAUAUUACAUUGAUGAUAUUCGGUCCAAAAUAGACGGUGAACAGAUUCCAGUUGAGCUCAUCUCCACCUUAAGUGAUGUCCCAAAGAUUAAAAAGCUGUACAAGGUCACUGCUCAGGAGGACUGUGUCGGGACUCUGCUAGAGGCCGUGCUGUGCAGGAUGGCUGUGAAGGAUGUGCUGUAGUAAAACAGUAGAUUCCAGUUGCAUUCUGCUCAGGUUUUUCUUUUUAUAAAAAGAUUUUGUGUGAUGUUACAGUAAUUCCUGAUAUGUCAGUUGAUUGUUUUGUGAAUCAAACUUUUUUAAAGUGACAGAUCAGAGGUAACAGGGACAGGUGCUUUUUUUGGUAGUAAUGAUUUGUACAGUAUAGACACAAGCUAUAUUUUUCAUUUAAGUGUGAAUUUGAACUGAGAUUUCUGACAGAUCUUUAAAUAUGAGAAUGUAAUUAAAAAAUGGCUUUUACUUUGUCUUUUUGCAGUAGCAGGAAUUCAUUAGGUUGAAACUGUAUCCCAAGUUUUAAUAUAUUUUG